CAAUCAUAUUUAUUUCAUUGUUUGUUAUCAUCUCGGCAGAAUCGCAUCGCACUAAACGCUCAUCGUUUGUUUUUUGUCUCGGUACUUGUAUUUGUCACGGUUGUCACUAGUGCGACGAAAUUAUCAUAUAGGAGAGCGUCUCACCUUUCAUAUUUUCAUUUUUGCCGGCCGCACGUAACAAACACGCAAGUGAACUCGCAACUUUCACAGGUUCAUCAGUCCCCCGAAGCGAAAGGAGAAGAUAAGUUGAUUAUACAAUCGGCAGUUCAGGCCAUUUUGUGCUCCAGUGUUACGAAUCCAAUACCGCUGGAAUGAGUCUAUUCGCCGGAGUCGAAGUUGGACCUCCCGUCGAGGUUUUUGCCCUAAACCAAGCUUGCGUGAAAGAUUCCAAUCCGAACAAGGUCAAUCUUGGAGUUGGAGCCUACCGCACCAAUGAGGGCAAACCAUGGAUCCUUCCGGUAGUGAAGAAAGCAGAAGCGGCCAUCGUGGCCGACGGCAGCUUGAACCACGAGUACCUGCCGGUGCUUGGUACGGAUGGUGUAACGAACGCUGCCAGCACUCUGCUGCUGGGAGAGGACUCCGACGCUAUCCAGAGUAAACGAGCCUUUGGGGUGCAAACUUUGUCCGGAACGGGUGCCUUGCGAGUGGGUGCCGAAUUCUUGGCGCGCAUUCUGAAGCGAACCACUUUCUACUAUUCGUCGCCUACGUGGGAAAAUCAUCACAAGGUGUUUGUGUAUGCCGGCUUCACGGAACCACGAACCUAUCGCUACUGGGAUCAGGAACGGUGUGGAAUCGACUUCGAAGGGAUGAUUGCCGAUUUGAAGGCUGCACCGAAAGGAUCUGUCAUCAUUCUCCAUGCGUGUGCUCAUAACCCCACCGGUAUCGAUCCGUCACAGGAACAAUGGAAGCAGAUCGCUGAUGUUUGCGAGCAGAAGAAACUGUUCCCGUUCUUUGAUUCGGCCUACCAGGGUUUCGCCAGCGGCGAUCCGAACAAGGACGCGUUCGCAGUGCGAUAUUUUGUUGAACGGGGCUUCGAGUUGCUUUGCGCGCAAAGCUUUGCCAAAAACUUUGGAUUGUACAACGAACGCAUUGGAAAUCUAACAGUCGUCCAGAAGAGCUCGGCAACCAGCGCUGCAGUAGCGUCACAAAUUACGCUACUGAUUCGUGGAAUGUACUCUAACCCACCGGCUUUUGGAAGCAGAAUCGUCAGCCUGGUGCUGAACGAUGCUUCACUGCGUGCUGAAUGGAUGGAGUGCAUCAAAACAAUGAGCUCACGCAUUAUCGCCAUGCGGAAGGCAUUGUACGAUGAGUUAGUCGCGCUGAAAACGCCUGGAACUUGGGAGCACAUUACCAAUCAGAUUGGAAUGUUCUCCUAUACGGGUCUAAAUGAAAAACAAGUGGAAAUCUUAAUUAAAGAGUACAGCAUCUACCUUUUGAAGACCGGUCGAAUCAGCAUGUGCGGCCUGAACGAAAACAAUGUCAAAUACGUCGCUAAAGCGAUUCAUGAUGCGGUCACUCGGCCUAGUAAUGCUUCUAAAAUUUAAAUUGUCGUGAUCAACUCGUUCCUGUGUAAUGAUAUAUUCUUGGUUUCCUUCUAACGUAUGAGCAUUUUGAGGCGUUUAACGCGUGUACUAGAUGGCAAAGCUUUACUAUGUUUCCAAAUCAAAUCAAGCGUAGUUUUAGUGUAAAAGAAACAAAGUCUUCUCCACUGUUGUAUAGUAUAUAGAUGUAGCUUAUCACUUAGACAGAACAUCAGACCAAUAUUACCGAGAACAAAACCGGAUUUGAAGUGAAAUACAGUGUACAAAUUUUUCAAAACAAUAGCAUUUUCGUAGGGACUAACUUUGCUAGCCGUAAUUUUGUUAACAACGAUACUAAACCAACAUCUUUUAUCGGGCAACAAUGGUUCUUAUUCCAGUUAUACACACGCAUUAAGAAUACAUUUGAAAGCAUUAACUAAAACAGCAAUUCAGCAUAACAGUAACAGAAGCCGAUCGUCUCAAUACAUGAAUACAUUCUAGACCAACGUUAGAGACAAUCGGCUUUAGAACUGUGACCUAGUUUUAAAAUGGUAAAGUGAUUAAAUCACAGUAAUACAAACGUUUUUUUAUUCUGGUA